AUGACACUUCCUAAACGAGCAUUCCUACAGGUUGCCCAAUACAAAGGCAAAGAACCCGAGCCAACUAGCACAAUGCGGUUUCCGAGCCCACAGAUCAUUGGUUUCAAUCCUUCACUUGUGCGCAUGUAUUAUUUUCUGGCGACACGCCACGGGCUGAUCAUCUCCACUCGCCAACCGGUCAUCCGCGCCAAUAUUACAUUGGUGUCAAUGAAGAAAUCACAGCUACACGCACUAUUUUACCUCUCUCUAAGCAUCUUGUUUGGUACCGUCUUUGGACAGGAUGAUCUUGGCAAAAUGAACGGCUUUGCGUUUUUCGAGACAUCCCACUUCAGGGCUCGGUUCAUGCGGGACGCUCAGGUUUUGGCAUCUUUAAACCCCAUUGGAGACGACUUUGACUUUCUUCCUUUUGACAUUUUGGAAAAUCGAUCCCGUAAUGGACAAUAUCAUUGGGGCGAUAUUACCUAUCGAUAUCGCGCUCAAGGCGACAACACUUGGAUGCAGAACCAUAUAUCGAUGAGCAUUGCCAUUCCAUCCCCAGUGUUCGUAUUUCACCUCAGUGUUCUACAUUUCACAAUAACAAACCUACCCGGACUCAAUUACAAUGGUUGGCGUUCUAGUUCUGAAGCCCUUUCCGCCUCCGGCCAUCUUAGUUCACCCAGCAGAGUUCCUGAGUCUCCGUCCUCGGAGAAGAAUGCUCACUUAGCUGCUGGUCGCAAUCAGUCCCCGGCCCCCCUCUCAUUCUCAUCCGUCGCCCUGACUGCCAUCCUGCGAUGCCCAGAAAACGCUCACGCCAAGACUGAGGAACUCGACAUACUCGAUGAUGCUACGUCGGAGGCCAAUAUCAGUCACUCCUCUGGCGACAUGUCUGAAGAGCGGUCGACAUCCGCUGAUAGUCAGUGGGUGUCUUCUCGCACCCAUAAAUUCGACAUCGAUCUCUCCAAUGCAUACCGCUAUCAGAAACCAAAAACUUCAUUCAAUAUCAAAUCAGUUCUAUGGCUCAUCUUCCAGUUCCACACCUGA